AUGAAGGAUUCAAAAAGCCUAAAGGACUGUAAUGAUAUAGAUUCUGAAGAUGAGUUGUCUCCAGAGUUGCAUAAAAAAUCUCUUGAAAAAUUAAAGAAAAUCGACCCUGACUUCUACAGUUUCCUUGAAGAGAAUGACGAAAAUUUAUUAAACUUUGAUGAUAAUUCUGGCGAUGAAGAUGAAUUUGAAGAUGAAGAUGAAGAAAAAUUGCAUAAACCAGGUCCUCUUCAAGGUGAUAGUGAUGAGAGUGAUUUCGAGGAUGAAGAUGCAAAAAAUGUACAUGGAAAAGUAAAUUUAAAACUAGUAGCCCAGUGGCAAACAGAGCUACAGAAAGAGGGAAAAAUAAAACUCCCAGCUUUAGUCACAGCAAUCAAAGCCUUUAAUGCAGCCAUGUUGCGGGUCACAAGUUUGGAUGGAAAUUCACAAAGUGAUUUUAAAGUUGAAGGUUCCUCUGUAUUUAAUGCUGUUAUACAAAUGUGUGUUUUGAAUCUACCUGGCGCUAUAAAGAAAUAUUUAGGAAUGGAUCAAUCUGGAAAAGAUCCUCAAAAAUUUGAAGUGCUGACAACAUAUGACUUUAACAAAAAGCACAAAAAAGUUUCUAUGAAGCCUUUGGACUUCUCAUGCAUUCUCAGAUUGGCAAAAUCACAAUUGUCAGAAAAUGGUUUUAAAGAUGCUGUGAUAGAAAGGAUAUAUGCACUUUUGUUGGAAUAUACUGCUAAUGAAUCACACAAUAUUGCUUUUCCAGACAUAAGCCUGCUUGCAAUUCUACAGAUUAAACAAUUUUUAAAAAGUUGUAAUGUUUCAAAUUAUACAAAGAAGUUGCGCCAAUUAAUGGAAAAAAUCGAAGAAAAUUCAAGAUUUAUUGAGCGUGAACGUUCCAAAAUAAGUUUUGCUCUUAGUGACGAAAAGUUGAUAGUAGCUUGGGAAUCAAAUACCAAAUCUAAAGGUACACCACUUUACACAUUCUUCGAGAAUUGGUAUAAAAUUAACAAGAUACAGAAACGUAAGAAAGUUUCUAAAAAUGACGAAAUAGCUGGAGAGCUGCCAAUGAUUAAAAGAGCAAAAAUAUUUGAUGCUGGUGAAUUUGAGUUGAAAGUUGAGUCUAAGUCAGAAAAUAAGGGACCUAUGGUGUUAUUCCCAUCUGAUAGCGAAGAUGAAACUGAAAAUUUAAAAAUUGGCGAAGAUGAUAAAGAUACGCAACCUAAAGUAAAAAAAAUACGAAAGAAAGAUAAAAUAAAAUCCAAGAUAAAGAAACCUAUACAAGCUGAAGAGGACAUUGCUGAUAAAGAAGAUGUGGUACAAGAUUUUAGUGUCAGUGAUUGG